CAGGAUGCAUGAGCAUGAGUGUUAGUCUCAGCCCCGCACCACUUGUUUUUGGCUACGCAUGGAGAACCACAUAUUGCUCACAUUUCACCCAAAAUCUCCCAGGGACCUUCUGGAUAUCAACUAAUUUGUUGAUCUCUAUGGCAAUUAUGUGGUUGAUUUUUCUGCUACAGCUUAUCAACAGCUUUGAGGGUUUAUCUGGAGCUGAACAUGAGACGCUGUGCACCUCUAACGCCUGCUUCACCCUGCAUAUGAACAGGGUGACCUUUGAGGAGGCCCAUCAGAACUGCGACCACAAUGGAGGUUAUCUGAUGACAGUCAGAGACACAGAAGAGGAGGAUGUGCUUCGUUUGCUUCUUUCACAGAUCCAAGGACAACGUCUGGACAGAGCGUUUAAAUUUUGGAUUGGAUUAAAACUGCACAGAGGGGACUGUGUGCUGCCUGGCAACACUCUCUUUGGGUUUAAGUGGGUAUCUGGGGAGGAAGAUUCCAGCUACUCCAACUGGGAAAAAGAACCUGUCACCACAUGCACAGGAGAGAGAUGUGUAAAGGUUGUCUACACUUUAUCAGAUGAGAGUCAACUGAAAUGGACUGCUGGAGCUUGCAGAAACCCUGCCUUUUAUGCAUGUAAGUUUUAUUUUAAGGGAAUGUGCAAACCUUUGGCUCUACUGGGGUCUGGAGAAAUCACCUACACUACGCACUUCUCAGAAGACCCACUAAGAAGUGAAAUGCAAGCAUUUCCACACGGAACAAAUGCUGUUAUUUUAUGUAGUGAUGAACGGCCUCAGUACUCUGUGUGCAAUGGGGUGGACGACAUUUAUCGGUGGACUGUCCCUGGUCCGUUUUGCAAAGCAGGAAAGCAAAAUUGUGCAAUAAACAAUGGCGGAUGUAAACAUUUGUGCCACCAGGAUGCAGACGAGGUUCAAUGCUCUUGCAAAGAAGGUUACGACCUGGGUGAGGAUGGACUCACUUGCAGGUUUAAAGACUUGUGCGGCGUUGACACCUGUGAGCAACAGUGUGUAAUGAGGGAGUCUGGGUAUUUCUGCAAAUGCUCAGACGGGUUUAUACUUGAUGCAAACCAACGUAACUGCUCUGACAUUGACGAGUGCCAGUCAAAAGCCUGUGAGCAUCAUUUGUGUGUAAAUACACACGGCAGUUACAAAUGUACGUGUAAAGGGGGCUACAAAAUGGUUGACGGUAAAUGCCAUGAUAUAGAUGAGUGCACACAAACAACGUGUGAGCACGGCUGCUCAAACAGUAUCGGAUCCUUCUCUUGUUACUGCAAUGAAGGCUUCACUUUAGCUGAGAAUGGCCGCUCAUGUGCAGACAUGAAUGAAUGUGUCAGUAAUCCCUGUCUAUUCAAAUGUGUCAAUACUGUGGGCAGCUUCUUGUGCACCUGCCUGCAAGGCUUCCACAUGGACACAGAUGGAUUGACCUGCAUUCCAGAUAUGACUGAAACAUCAGUUGCCACAUCAGAUGACCAAGCUGAGGAGGAAACGCAAGAAAACGUCACUGAGUCUUUAACCAGAACCUCAGUCGAGCUCCAACAUCAGUCCCCUCACACUGACGCACCUCGUCCAGACCUGGUGAAUGUCACGCAUGGUAAUAAUCAGAGCAACAGCUCCCUGGUGACAAGUUAUGACAAAACAGUUAAUUCCAGGGUGAUCAUCUGUGUCCUCGGUUCAGUCAUUCCCCUGUUGCUUUUGAUCACAGUGACUCUGGCUAUUGCAAUUAUCCGAUGCAGUCGCUCCAAAAAAGAAGCCAAGAAAAAUACCACCACUGACGGCUACUGCUGGGUGUCGUCUGGUUUGGAUCCACGUUUAGAGAAACUAUAUGAGUCCAUCUUGACUGAUGACCUAUGACCUGAUGGUGAAGGAGAAGACUGUCUUCAAGGACUAUCAUGUUUAUUUAUGUAAUUUAUGUUCUGUGGUAGGCUGUGUUGUUAUCAAAUGAUCACAUAUCAAAUCACAAAUCUUAAAAAAAGUUUUAAAAAAAUUAAAAAAUAUGGCGAGUUUGGCAAGAAGUAGCAAAUGUAAAUAUGUAUAGGUGUUGGUGCAAACGGCUAUUCUGAAGGGGAUGUGAGGGGCUGUGUGUAAUGAAGGUGAAAGGGUGUGUAGUGAACUGGACAGGGUGCCAGAUAAUCCCAGAAAGUUGUACCAGGAUGUAAUGUUGAAAGUCAGUAAUUUAAUGUUAAAAGCAGUCAGCUAAUUAUGUAAUUUCUCUUGUCGCAACUGGCUUAAUUUUUCUGUUAUUUUACCAACAGAAAUGUUUGAGUCAUGUAUGUUGCUUCACUCAACCUGUGAUCAUCUCCUGGAACGUUGUUGUCUUUUCUGAUUUUUUCAUUUUAUUUGUUAAAAUGGAGUUUGCACAAAUAUGAAAAUAUGAUUAAAUGCAGGGCCGUAGCCAUGGAGUCAACAUCUAGGGGGCCCAAAUCUGCUAGAGGGGUCUGCCCCCACCCCACAAAAAAACAUUCAAAAUUUGAAAACUCAUCUCCUAUUUUAUCAUUUAUGGUAACAAGAACAGUUCAUAACAUACAAUAUGAAUAUGCAAUAAAUGAAAGCUGCAACUCCCCCAUAGACAUGCAGCACAACAUGAAGGAUUGACACUUUACUCACACUUUAAGUGGGCAACCUGACAAUUAAGGAGGUCCCUAUUUGCUCAGUUAAGAAAUGGUACCUUAUAACUGUCAGCGUUUAUGUGUUUUUGCAACCUGGUCUCACUCCAAAGGCGUUGAAAUCUGGUGCUUGGGCAGUGACUUGUGUCAUCAGACACCAAACAAGAGGCCAUCCUUACACACCAGCACGGUAUGCGGCCGGUCGCCGUUAUAGUUCAACGGUGCUCGUGGUGUUGGGGAAAUGCGGUGGGACAAGAACAAAAGUUAAGAUGGCAAAAGUCCGAGUAGGAUUGGUUGGAGGGGUGGCGGAUGUGUCCAACAAACAUUGACUUUCACCCUGGAGAGCAGUGUUUGUGUCCUGUAACUUUAUAAAGCCAAACCCUGUUCUUUUUUCCUAAAUCCAACCACAUGUUUUUGUUGAAGGAAAAAAACAUCAAUUUGUGACGUAGUGCGUUUAUUUUGAAAGAGACUGUAGGUAAAUGGUAAAUAUCCUGUGACAAUGGAAGCAUAUUUUGAAAGAAGACUAUGCAUGUGACAGACAGCAACAGUCAACAACCAACGCACCCAGGGUACCUUGCAUAUCAUAUUCUGACAUGGAAACCCCACGGCCAAACGUCGAUAUGUGACAAAGUCAGACUGAGAAUGUGUUGGUUUUUUGUGAUCUUGGUGUUGAGGACAAUUUUCAGUUUGUGUUCUUCCUUUGUGACUUAAAGAAUCACUUGUUUGAAAAAUAAAAGAGUUGAGGGGCCCUGAUUUGUUUUGGUCUCCUGAAGGUUGUAUGUUAAGUUGGCUUAUUAAAAGGGAAGUGUGCAAAUUUUAAAAAUUCCUUCAUGUUAUUCCUACGGUCUAAGACAGUCCAAAAAUAUAGGGAAAAAUGAACAACUCUCUCAGAAAUCCAAAAACUAGAGUGGUAAAACUCAGAUUUGUGAUGUCAUAGGAAGUCUGGAGCUGCUCCACAGACAGUGAAUGGUGAAAGAUGGUCUAGAUGACACUGAGGGCACUCAGGGGGAAUAUUUUGAGUAUAUGGGUGCAUUUUCUGUUUCACAGCUGAGAACACUACAAUAGAAUAAAGCUUGUUUGUGUAUAAAAAAAGAAAAAUACAUUCUGUGGGUCCACAAAAUCAGGCUCCCAUUCACUGUGUAUAGAGCAGCUCCAGACUUUAUUCCCUAUGACAUCACAACUGUGAGACUUCCUACUCUGGUUUCUGGCUUUGAGAGAGAAAAGAUCAUGUUCACAUAGAUUAAUUGAACUUUCACAGGCCACAGGAAUAACAUAUUGGAAUCCUUAAUUUAGGUGGCCUUCCCCUUUAAUGAGGUGAUUUUUGUCUCAGCAAGAGUCAUAGCAAAUGCAUGGAAACCAUUGUGACUUUUGUUUGACAGUAAAUGACAUGACAUGUUUGGUAUGUUUUCUUACUGAAUUUGUGGAGCUGUAUGUUAGACUGCUCAUGACGCUAAUCUGGUUGUUGCCUAGUGGACCAUAUUGUGCAUGACACCAAAAUAAACCAAUCAGUCACUGGACAAAUCUCCUGCAGACCAGCAGUGCAUGGCAACAAGGGCGUAGGGUUUGUUUCAGUAUUGGUGGGGUGGCACAUUUGAAAUGGGGGAUGAACAUUUUGGGCAUCAAACACUUAAUUUUCUGCAUUCUGAUGCAUUCUAAUGCAACACAUUGCCUUUUCUGCAUUGAUUUUUGUUGUAAAUGUCUUUACAUUACCAAUGCAUGGUAAUACUAGGACCGGCUAUAAUGAUGGACAUUUGUUGAGUUUAUUUAUGAUUAUGAUUAAAUCUGCUUUUUUUUUUGAGCAUGUUCAAUAUUGGUGUUCCACGCAAUAUAUAAGUACUGUUUCGAUGUAAUGAUAAACACAUGUACAUCAGAGUAUGGAAUCAAUAUACUGUAUAUUAUGUGAUGAUUAAGUUGUGCUUUGAGUCAAAAA